CCAACAUCCUCUUUCCCAUUCCCCAGGAUGGGAAUCCACGGCCUGGCCAAGCUCAUCGCCGACGUGGCCCCCGGGGCCAUCCGGGAGAAUGACAUCAAGUCAUACUUUGGGCGGAAGGUGGCCAUCGACGCGUCCAUGAGCAUCUACCAGUUCCUGAUCGCCGUGCGCCAGGGCGCCGACGUGCUCCACAACGACGACGGCGACACCACCAGCCACCUCAUGGGCAUGUUCUACCGCACCAUCCGCAUGGUGGAGAACGGCAUCAAGCCCGUGUAUGUGUUCGACGGGAAGCCCCCGCAGCUGAAAUCUGGGGAGCUGGCGAAGCGCACAGAGCGCCGGGCCGAGGCAGAGAAGCACCUGCAGGAAGCGCAGGAGGCCGGCGAGGAGGAGAACGUCGAGAAGUACAGCAAGAGGCUGGUCAAGGUGACCCCGCAGCACACCCAGGAGUGCAAGAAGCUGCUGGAGCUGAUGGGGAUCCCCUACGUGGAGGCUCCCGGAGAGGCGGAAGCCAGCUGCGCUGCGCUGGUGAAGGCUGGGAAGGUGUACGCGGCCGCCACAGAGGACAUGGAUUGCCUGACCUUCGGCAGCCCCGUGCUCAUGCGACACCUCACGGCCAGCGAGACCAAGAAGCUGCCCAUCCAGGAGUUCCACCUGAACCGCGUCCUGCAGGACAUGCAGCUCACCUGGGAGCAGUUCGUGGACCUGUGCAUCCUGCUGGGCUGCGACUACUGCGCCAGCAUCCGCGGCAUCGGGCCCAAGCGCGCCGUGGAGCUCAUCCGGGAGCACAAGUCCAUCGAGAGGAUCGUGCGGCAGCUCGACACCAAGAAGUACCCCCUGCCUGAGAACUGGCCGCACAGGGAGGCCCAGAAGCUCUUCCUGGAGCCCGAGGUGGUGGAUCCCAACACCGUGGAGCUGAAGUGGAGCGAGCCGGACGAGGAGCGGCUCGUGCAGUUCAUGUGCGAGGAGAAGCAGUUCAGCGAGGAGCGGAUCCGCAACGGCGUGAGGAGGCUGAGCAAGAGCCGCCAGGGCAGCACCCAGGGCCGCCUGGACGACUUCUUCAAGGUCACCGGCUCCAUCACCUCGGCCAAGCGCAAGGAGCCCGAGUCCAAGGGGUCGGCCAGGAAGAAAGCCAAGUCCGGUCCGAAGCCCAGCGCCGCCGCCACAAAGGCUAAAAAGGAGAAAUGACGGGGCUGGGCGCCCACAGACCGCUGGGAUUGCGGGUUUUUGGGGGCUCGGCGAGGAAUUUUGGGCUAAUGACGAACAGUUAGUGCUGGGAAGGAACGGAUGAGGCUGGGAGAGGGGAGAGCUGGAGCAGCUUCUGGACAUAAACACUCCCAAAGUUAAGAAUUCCAGCUGCAGAGCAAAACAGGGACAAAUUAGGUUAACCCAAUCCUGUCCAUCCCAAAAGAGGUAAGAUGGGAGUGGAAGGCAAGCUGGAAUUGGGAAGGAGGCUUCAAAUAAUGAGGUAAAAUUUUCUCUUUAAUGGGAGUUUAUUUAGGUUUUUCUUUCCCUUCUCAUAUUCACUUGUUUAAAAUCCAGUUGUGAUCCCAAUUCCAACAAAGUCCUGGCCUGCUCUUAGUACAUAAUCCGAGGAAAGCUGCUGGCUGCAGCUCUCCCAGCCUGAGUCUUGCUUAAAAAUGCUUAAAAAUAAAAAUAUCCAGGAGCCUAGAAAAGCAGCCUCUUCACCCCUGAAUUCCAGAGGCAUCUUUCCGUGUUGUGCACACUGACAGAUCCUGGGCUGGAAAUUAGAAGUUGAAACCUCUUUUGAGUUCUUAUUUAAUUCUGUAUUUUUUGUAGUUUUGUUGCUUGUUGGAGCCACGUGCAGGGUUUUGUUUCUAGAAUAAAAUGUAAGAACAAAGA